GCAGACGAGUACAACGUCCUAUUUUGAGCUCUAAGAAUAUCUGAAGUAUAUCCAUAUAAUCUACACAUUGUCAUUAGAGCACUCAUCAACAACCUGCUCCGAAAGUUUAUUGUAGAAGUUAGCAGGAUCUGUUUAUACAGUUUGACUUUGAAUGGGAAACUUCCACAUUUCGUUUUUUCGCAGACAGAAGAACGAAGACUCAUAAGACAGGAACUUGUCGUCUGAGUUGGAUAGAAGACAUACAUCGAGAAUGCGGGACCGGACCAAAGAACUGGGCAAUUCUGCUAAUGUGUCAGAUGAGGAUGGAGAAUCUUCUCUCAUGAUAAAGCCUGCCUCUGGGAACUCAGCAAAGGAAGAGAAAGAAUAUGAGAGCUUCUUUAAAAAGGUUCAGGAGAUUCGAGAAGAGCUUGUCACUCUUAAGAAGAAGGUGUCUGAAUUGGAGAACAAACAGAAAACUGUGUUAGGAGUUGCACUCCCAGAGGACAGUAUGAAAAAGGAACUUCAGUCCCUUAGGGAAGACAUCAAAAGCAUGGCCUACCAGAUCCAAAAAAAGUUAAAAAGCAUUGAAAUUAAGAAAGCUGAAGAUGAUGACAAAUAUAUUGCUAUAAACGUUAGAAUGCAGAGAACCCAGCAUGGUGUUUUGUCUCGUGAAUUUUUUGAGUUGAUGGGUCACUGUAACACAAUUCAAGCCCAAUACAGAGACAGAAAUGUAGAGAGGAUACAAAGACAACUCAAAAUCACCGGUAACAAUGUGACAGACGAGAAGCUGGAAUCGAUGCUUGAGAGUGGGGAAACAUCUGUUUUCACACAAAAUAUUUUGAAUGAUACUCAAGCAACCAGGCAGGCUCUGAAUGAGAUUGAGUCACGACAUGACGAGAUCAUCAAACUGGAGAGAAGCAUCAAAGAGCUUCAUGAUAUGUUUCAAUACCUUGCAAUGGAAGUAGAAGCACAGGGUGAGAUGGUGGACCGGAUUGAAGAGAAUAUUAAGAGUUCCCAUAACUAUGUGGAAAAGGCUGUUGUAGAAACAGGUGCUGCAGUAAAAUCUUCAAGAAAAGCAUGCAAGAAAAAGUUAUGGAUUGCAGUAUGCCUUGCUGUUUUAAUAGUAAUCAUAGCCAUUAUUGUCGCUGUCUAUGCCUUAUGAGUGUGUUCAUCUAUUAGUCUGUUCAGCCCACCAACCACUGCAUUUUGUCUUUCUGAAGUUCCAGACCUUUUUCCAAACCAACAUGGCUAUGCGUGCACAUGACCAUUGUUGGUAUCCGAACUCUUUUAGUGGCUAUGGGAGCUUGAAUUUUAAAGUGUUUAUCUUGUUUUAGCUGCAUUGUCCAGUAAGAACAUUAAUUAGAAUUCUUGAAAAAGUGACAUCUGCUUCACCUGGACAUUUAAAUGGUUUUGUGGUAAUAUUAAGUUUAGAUGAAAUAAUUGAUACUUGUUUGCACUGGAUUACCAUGGUGGAGAUUAUUAGCAAAAACCAACACUAGAACAUGUUUAAAAUGAAGUCAAAUGGGAUUGCUAAUAUAUAUCACUUAGUUCCGUUUGGCGACAAGCUCAAAAACAUUGAGUGAUGGGCUGUUUGUCUAUGUCCUAAUGUGUUUAGAAAACAUUUGUGUUAUCUGUUCUGACAUUUCAAACUUGAAAUUCUUUGAGACUAGCAUUAAGGGAUAGUUCACCCAAAAAUGAAAAUUCUUUCAUCAUAUACUCACUCUCAUGCCAUCCAAGAUGUGUUUGACUUUCUUUCUUCUGCAGAAUACAAAUGAAUAUUUUUAGAAGAAGAUCUCUGCACUUUAGGUCCUCACAAUGCAAGUGAAUGGUGACUAAAACUUUGAAGCUCCUAAAAGCACAUAAAGGCAGCAUAAAAACUCCAGUGGUUUUAUCCAAAUCUUCUGAAGCAAUCAAAUUGAUUUUUUGGUGAGAACAGACAAAAAUCAAAGCUAUACAUUUUCACUAUAAAUCUUGACAGUUGCAGCUCGAUUAAACAUCCUAGCGCCAUAUUGAAUCACGAUCAUGCCUAGAGAUUGCAAUGGCAAGAUGUACAGUGAAAAAGGAGUUACAUUUUGGUGUUCUCACCCAAAACCGAUUAGAUCACUUUGGAUGGUUUGGAUUAAACCACUGGAAUUUUAUGGAUUGCAUUUAUCAUGACUUUAUGUGCUUUUUUUUAGCUUCAAAUCUUUGGUCACCAUUCACUUGCAUUGUGAGGACCAACAGAGCAGAAAUAUACUUCUAAAAAUGUUUGUUUGUGUUCUGCAGAAGCAAGAAAGUCAUACAUCUGAGAUGGCAUGAGGGUGAGUAAAUGAUGAGAGCAUUUCCAUUUUUGGGUGAACUAUCCCUUUAGGUCACCUGUACAUAUGGAGGGAAAAAACAUUUUUAUACUCUACUUUUGCAUUUUAGUAUCUGUCUUUCUAUAUACAACUGAGUAACAUGUUGCAUAUAUAUGUAUAUUUUAACUAAAUUGUGCUCUGUCACUGUUAAGCCAUGCACUUUUUAAGAAAUUAUUAAAAUGUGCAGUUGCAUGUCUAGUGCCUCAGCCUUGGUGCCUUAUUAAUUAGGGAAAUAUAUUAGAGAGUUCCCACUGAGUGAGACAGUGAAGGGCAAGAUCACCAAGAGACCUGUAGAUCUGUUUCUUUAGGUUGCCUAUGGACGUACUGCCACAUAUUUCAUUCAUUCUUAUGUAAAGUUAUCAUUUUUAAAUAAAGUACAUAU